CCCAUAUAUAUUAAAGAGAGGGAAGUGUAGACGCCAUUCGCGAAAAUGACUCUCAGCCUCCUACUUCUGCCACUCCUCAUCCUCCGUGGAGCUGAUGGUUCUCAUAUUGUUGGAGGCAGAGAUGCUGCCAGCCACUCACGGCCUUACAUGGCCUCCCUCCAAGUCCGAGGCCGCCACAACUGUGGAGGAGCUUUAAUUAGAGAGGACUUUGUUCUCACAGCUGCGCACUGUCAGAUACCUAUACAAUACAAGGUUGUGCUCGGAGUAGACUCUCUGACAGGGAACGAGUCUACAAAACAGGAGUUUCAAGCCACCAGAUCAAUUCCUCACCCAAACUAUGAUGGACAUCGGAACGACAUCAUGCUCCUAAAGCUUAACCGUAGCGCCCAACUGACUGCAGCGGUGCAGCUGAUCACCCUGAAAACUGCCCGGCUGAGCAGAGUGAGUCAGUGCAUCACGGCUGGAUGGGGUGAUAUUGGAGAUAACAACACGCUGCCUACAACACUUCAAGAAGUCAACGUCACCACGCUGUCUGAUGGGGCGUGUCGGAGAAGAUGGGGUCGAGGACGCGUUCCCAUUACUAGAUCUAUGGUUUGUGGUGUCGGGGGUCGCAGGUUUCAAGGCUUCUGCUCGGGGGAUUCAGGUGGUCCAUUGGUGUGUGAUGGAGCUGCUGCAGGCAUCGUCUCCUUCUCUGGACGCAGAUGUGGAGACCCCAGGACUCCAGAUGUCUACACACGCGUAUCAUCCUUUGCAGACUGGAUUAGAAAUGUAAUAAACAACAUUUAGGUCACGGGCAUCCUGCUCUGUUGAUCAGCUUGCUUGACCUGAGUGGGGAGCUGGUGAUAUUUGUCAUUCCAAGGUUGCUGAUAUGUGUUUAUUUUACAGUGUUCUUUCUAAAUUACUGAAAAAAAUCUUUUAGAGUCCACUGCAUGCAUGCAACUGCUUCAUCUAUGUGAAGACAGAAAUGCUGUGGCACUUCAAAUAUCAGACAUUAAACACUGAGUAUAAGCAAAUCAUUAUCCUCUAUUUUUAACCCACAGUGUUACAUCACCAGCUGCCACACAUGGUAUGCAAAUUAUUUAUCUAUCAAUACAAGUCAAACUAUUUUAAUCAUGCUGCUUUGUAUGGUGCUUCAAGAUCCUAGCAAUGCAAAUGAUACUGUACUAAAGUUUUUGGUUCUAAAGAAUAAAAAAAGAACAAAAUACC